UUUGCAUCAAUAAAAAGUUUGUGAAAUAAAAACAAACGCCAUUACGCACAGCAAAAUAUUUUCCGUUAAAAUUAUUGUUUCAGUAAUCGAUAUGUGUAAACAAUUGUAUCAAUAGUUACUUUGAGUUGUUUUGCUGCUAUUUAAUACGUUUGCAAGUGAAUACUCUACUGAAAAUGUUUGUUCUGUGCUACGGGAAAAAGAGGCGCAGACAUUGGAAGUGUAGAAGAUUGCGGAUGCUGGAAAGAAAAGUUGAGGGAGGGUUAAUGAGAGUAUUAAAUUUACUGUACGGGCAGUCAAUACAGGGGAAAAUGAUCCAGCAGAUUGAACGCGAAGAUAGAAAUUUUUAGUAAGAUUACUAUGGGAAUCAAUCGUGCAAUGUUGAAUGAAAACAAUGUCGAAUUGUUGGUAUUGAUUUAGAAACCACCUUGACUUGUGGGUUAAAUGUCACAAUCAAAACUUUAGAAACCGUUUAGACAAGAUUUUUUGGACAGGAACUCUUCAGCGAAACUUGUUAAACCAAUUUGUGAUUAUACUUGUAACUUAAAAUGUAUGAAAUAAAUUACCGUCAAUCUAUAAUGUUUCUCGUUUGUUUGCUUGUUCGAAUGUGUCUGGUAUGAAAGCAAACUUAUAGUGUUCCUUUUGCAUUUCGCAGGUAAUCUGCAUACCGUAAAAGUGCGCAACUUUGCAACCAUGUUGAGCGAGCAGCAACAAAAUCCCACCCUGGUGGACGCCAAUCAUCACGAAAUGUACCUGCAGCAGCUGCAUCAAACGAUGGUGGAUAAUUUCACCGGUUUUCCCAGCCCGGCCACAGUGCACAUCGACGAGAAUCCCACGGUAAUGGGGUUUGACUUUCCGCUGGCCACGGAAGACGACAUCGAACGGUUGGAGCUGGCAGUCAAGCAAAGUUCCAUAAUGCGUUCACAAUAUGUGCAGUAUCUAAACCUCACCAAGUCGAUUCAUCUAACUGUAGUCCAAUCGUUCAGUAUGUUCUUCAGCGAUUUUGCGAUGACAAACUACAGCUACUACGGUGUCGAGCGUGCCGAGUACCCCAAGACGCCUAAGAAAGCCAUGAAGAAGUAUGACGUGUUUUCCAUUUGCAUGUUGGAUGCGUGGCGAUCGCAUGGUAUUAACGCAGUUGUGCUGAUGGAGCAACUGAAAAAAGCAAUCUACCACAUCAGCCGGCGACGGUACACUCGGAAUCAAGUAUUGAAAAAGAAAAUGAAACAGUUGCAGGGCAACUGAUAGUGGUGUCUAUUUUAGAAUUUACAAUAAAACAAUAUUUUUAUAUCUGCUCUGUUAAUAA